AUGGAAAGACAGUUAUUUCGAGCCGCGUGUUUGACCCUGAUCCUGGGCACCGUCCUGUCGUGCGUCGCUUCUGACACAACUGGACUGGAGACUGAGGCUGAUUUCAAAACCACCAUCCCGAAAGAAGGGCUCCAGAGGGACCUAGAGCAAGUCUUCUCGCUUGGACCAUCCAGCACUCUGCAGGUUAUCGACGAAACCGGGAAAGCCGUCUAUCUUCCCGAACCCAGCCAAAGUGUUGAUGGGGCGUCGUCGGGCCCGUACAGUGCCGUGUAUCGAUUUGAUAACGGAGCGUGUGAUUUCAGCAAGACAAUCGAGUUCAAGGAUGCAUUUCCUGGGUACACAAAGCCACUAUGGGUUCACGAGGACUCGGAUUCGGUGGAGAGUGGGAAGGUAUCCGUGAGAGGGCCUGUGAGGUACACGUUUACGAAUCCUCCGGAGGAAUAUCUGGGUGGGGGUUUGAGUUUUUGUGUACGGUUCAAGACGGUGGUGGCUGCCGGUUCGGAUGCAGAAACCAGCACGUCCACUCCUUCGACAGCUGAGUCUUCGGGUUCGGGGGGUUACCCGAGUGGUGAAUUGCCUGAUGCAGACAGUGGCGGUGGUGACGAGAAUCCCAAGGACCAGACUGAAGAGGCUCCCGCGCCUCCCUCCGGGACGUCAGAUAAGGAACCUGCACAGAACAACCCAGGUAGCGGCGGUCCAGGGUCUGAACAAGGACAGGAUAGUCACCAUCAGAGUGUCCCUGCACCGGACGUUUCUCAGGGAAGCAGCUCACUUUCCAAACAGGAUAGUCGAGACCUGAAUCGCAAAACUGACGUUCUAAGAAAGAACGUGCCAGAAUCUUCUCCUCUCUCCACAUCUACAGAGAAGUCGGCAGAAACCACGUUGUCCGCAACCGAAAACGGCCAUGAAGUCCAGAGUGGCAAGGGAGAAGACAACCGCGCUCCAUUGAGACGGUUGGCUGACACGCCUGCAGUGAAAGAGGCGUACUUGACUGUUGUGGUGCACUCCGCAGCUUGGGGCUCUGCAGGCGGAAUGGGCGCACCGCUGGGUCUUCUCCUCACUGCGGUAGCCACAGGAUUGCACUUUUUGUAG